AUGCCGUCUGUCGUUUCGCCGAUAGGAAAGCUUCCGCAAGCUUCGGUCACGGCCGUGGCCGAUGUGUCCAUAGUUAACGAUCCAGAGUUGAUGAGAUACGAUGCCUUGGAGUUAUCGCUCGACUUGUUCAACAAGCUCUUUCCCGAGUCGAUUGAAGAACCGAAUCUCACAAACAACAGCAACGCCAAUAACAUUAGCAGCAACAAAGGCGACAACGAUAAGUUCGUGUUGAUCAAAUUCUUGGGUGCACCAGAUUACUUCAUCUCGUUCAAGAUCUACAAGAUCUCGGACGUCAGCCACAAGCUGUCUAACUUAGUGAAGUUGAUCAACAACUCCAACUUGACGAGAUUCUCCAACGACAAGCUCACCUUGAACAGUGUCGUUAUCCAGUCUAUAGAUAUCCGUGAUGUUCCCAGCUUGAGCUCAGUCUUUGUGUCUGUACCCCACGAAAUCUACGCCCUCUUAUCAAACAAAUCGCAGUCAAGUAUCAAGUCACAGUUCAUGAAUCAGUUCUUGCAAAGCAGCGGCAAUGUAGUAAACGACAGCGACUACAUCCGUUUAAUAAACGGCAGAAUAAAGCUCUGUGAACCUGUGUCCCAAGGUCUUUUGGACAGCAACACUACUAUCAUUUUGAUUAACCAGAAAGAAGAAGACCUUGAAGAUGGAGAACCUCUUGAUGAUAUCGAUCUCGACUACGAGCUUGAGGAUGAAGACUUUUUUGAUCAAGUAGAGGACAACUUGGACUUGUCGACUUACUUACAAUCCAGAUUGAAGUUUAACAAAAAUUCUCCAGCAACUACUUCUCCCAAAUUCCAUGUCAGACCUUUGCCUGAAAAGCUCUCUGUGGACAGUCUUCCUCAGCAAUGGGUCAAGGAGGAUUCAGAGUUAUACUUAUUCAUCAACUCGUCUGACUUUAUAAGGUUAGGCUUCCCUGUCUUCAAUGGAGAUUUGAUUAAGUUGAAGUAUGGCACAGACAACUUCAUCAUUGUCCGUAUCUUUACCUUCACGGAACCAAAUUUGACUUUCAAACAGGGAACUAUCUAUGUAUCGCCUAUAUUGUUGAUCAAUUUGGGCCUAAUUGAAACAUCCACUGUCACCUUUGAAGCAGUCCAUGCCCAGGAAGGAUCUAUUUCAAGUGUCAUUCCCAUCGCAGACUCCGUCACCAUAUCUAGAGUGAGCUCGCAAAUUACGAUGGACAAGACAUUCCAACGUACUUUCUUCUCGAGUUUGAAAUCAACUCUCAGCAACCAGCUUAAAUGCGUUAAGCAGGGAGAUUUCUUCCCGGUCGUCAUAGACUCUGUAAUGUCCAAAACGAUCUUUGACUAUGAAAACGACGACAUUGAGAACAGUAAUGAUAACAACGAAGAUGGUGAUGCACUUGAUGUUAUCCCUAUAGGGGACCCAGACGCGGUUGCCUGGUUUAAGAUUGUUGAAGUCAAAGGAAAGAGUGAUAAUGGCUCUGAUCAGUUUAUUAUAGAUCCAAACAAAACACUCUUGGUUUCUUCUGGAGUUGAGUUUGUCAAGUUGCCCAAGAACGAAUUCUAUCAGUGGUAUAACUAUAUCAACUUGCCACCAUUGUUCAAUUUUAUCGAAAAACCAGAGUUUAAGUAUGCUAAGGAGUUCAAAAAAGUGUUGACUACAUGUAUGUCAUCUAAGAUAGCGUUGAAAACGACGGUGUUGUUGAAUUCAUUGAGUAGAGGAAUUGGGAAGACUGCGUUGGUGAGAAAUGUGGCUGUAGAAUUAGGAUUGAAUUUAAUUGAGUUGGAUUGUUUCGAAUUGUUGAAUCCGGGCCAGGAAUUGAAGACCAUUGGAUUGUUGAGCGGAAAGAUCGACAAGCUCAUUUCCAAUGCACCAACAAAUUCUAGUGCUUUCCAUAUGAUUUACUUAAAGCACAUUGAGAGCUUGUGUCCUCUGGCAGAUGAAAAUGACCAGAACUCCAGCAUCUUUGCGUCGUUGGCAUUGAAGAUUAUCCAGACUUUGAAUGGGUACUUGAGCAACUACCCGAACUUGGCUAUAGUAAUGAGUUGUAAUGAUUAUGAUAAAUUGAAUGGAGACCUAAAGACUAUCAUCAAGUUUACCAUUGAUUUCUCGGUGCCUAACGAAACGGAAAGAUUGGAAAUCUUCAAGUUCCUUAUUCACAAUGAAAGGAAGAACAUACUUGGAAUUCACCACGAAAUGGACGAUAUCAACUCGUUUCCAUUUGUUAUAAGAAAGGAUAUAAAUUUCAAGACUUUGGCUUUACAGUCUGCUGGUUUGACUCCAAGAGAUUUGAUUUCCAUUAUUAAAAAGUCGAAAAAGUUAGCUCUAAUUAGAUUAACCAAGCUCUCUAAAGAGGUUGGUAUUCCUGUUAGCAAAUUGAUUAGAAUUGGUAAUGGUGGUUUGAUUAACUGGUUACCUGAAGAUUUCAACCUGGCUAUCAAUGAGGCUCGUAACCAGUUCAGUGACUCUAUAGGUGCACCAAGAAUUCCCAAUGUGAAGUGGGAAGACAUUGGAGGUUUGGACUUGGUCAAGGAUGAAAUCUUAGAUACUAUUGAUAUGCCGUUGAAACAUCCUGAAUUGUUCAACAAUGGUUUGAAGAAGAGAAGUGGUAUCUUAUUUUAUGGUCCUCCGGGUACUGGUAAGACGUUGUUGGCAAAAGCCAUUGCUACCAAUUUCUCUUUGAACUUCUUUUCUGUCAAGGGUCCUGAGUUGUUGAACAUGUAUAUCGGUGAGUCUGAAGCCAAUGUGAGAAGAGUUUUUCAAAGAGCCAGAGAUGCCAAACCCUGUGUUAUCUUUUUCGAUGAGUUGGAUUCUGUAGCUCCCAAAAGAGGUAACCAGGGUGACUCUGGUGGUGUAAUGGAUAGAAUUGUUUCUCAGUUGUUGGCUGAAUUGGACGGUAUGAGUAGUGAAGGUGGUGAUGGUGUUUUUGUGGUUGGGGCUACUAAUAGGCCAGAUUUGCUAGACGAAGCCCUUUUGAGACCAGGAAGAUUUGACAAGAUGUUGUAUCUUGGUAUUUCAGAUACGAAUGAAAAACAGACCAAGAUCUUGGAAGCUUUGACGAGAAAGUUCAAGUUACACGAUAAUGUCGAUUUGGAAAAGAUCGCUGAAAACUGUUCGUUUACCUUUACUGGUGCUGAUUUCUAUGCUUUGUGUUCUGACUCGAUGUUGAAUGCCAUGACCAGAGUAGCCAAUGAGGUGGACGUCAAGAUCAAGGCAUACAACGACAACUUAGCUAGUCAGGGUAAGGGAGAAAUAUCAUCCAGAUGGUGGUUUGACAAUGCUGCCACAGAAGCUGACACCACUGUAUUGGUGCAAAUGGAAGAUUUUGAAAAGGCCCAACGUGAGUUGAAUCCUUCGGUCAGUGCUGAAGAGUUACAACACUACUUGAGAGUCAGAGAGAACUUUGAAGGAGGCAAGGAUAAGGCGAAACAGCAGCCUCAGGAACUGCAACCUUUGCUGGAACAAGAUCUUAUUAAUGGGUUUGCUGAGAAUGGAUUCACCAUUGAUUUCUCGAACCCAGGGGCCGGAGCUCCAAACGGAACUACUAAUGGACACUAA